AUGAACGCAAUCGUACCAAUGGAUUCACCAUCGUCGUCUGCAUCCUCGUCUCCGACCUCUUCGCCAACUUCACAAGCCUUCGAUGCAUUUCCCUUCCCCUCCAUCCCUGAACACAUCAUCGUCACUUUCGACGGCAAAGUGCGUGAGAUGGUUCGGAUAACGAAAGACCCAUCGGAGGAGCGCAAACAACGCCCAAAGCCGAAGCGAUACUACUCGCAGGAGCACUAG